UAUCCUUGCGUGCUAAGUGGGUGAAAUGCUCGCCACAGUGGCAAGUGUGUCUUUGCGUGUGCUGUGCAAACUUUCAGUUGUGCCUAGUGGGACUGCAGAACGCCUCCGGAAGGUCGCCUUCUCCCGAUGAUAUGCAGAGUCUCUGCGUAUGCCAGCAACCUACUGCGUCAUGUUUCCUCAGGAAUUGUGAGCACUGUCCGCAAGAUGGCAUUUUCACUUUGGAAAAUUUUGAUAUGAGCAGCGAGGACGAGGUGUUGAUUGCUUCAUGCGAAUACGGUGAGCUAGUUAAAAAAACUCCGACCGCUUCAUCAGUUAUGAGAGAAUUCCUAACAAUGACCAUGAAAUGGAUUCCCCACAACUAUAUCAGAUCUGUGCAAGCAAAAGCAAUGCCUGAAGAAAAACAGAGAUGCGAGAGAGGUGCAAUUGUUUUGCAUUUUGAUUUCGCCGAAAACUGGACAGUUGUGCUUCCAGACGCAGUACAAGCGUACCAUUGGCAGAAAAAGCAGGUCACCGUGUUUACCUCCGUUGUCACUUCAAGAAAGUCGACUCGGAACUACGCCGUUAUUUCCGACGAUAUGUCUCAUGAUUCAGCUCAUGCAUGUUUGGCUCUGUCAAAAAUCAAAGCACACCUGGAAGACAACGCGCCAAUCUACACCAAGAUAACACAUGUGAGCGACGGGGCUCCCGCUCACUUCAAGAAUAAAUAUCAGUUUCAUGAGCUACAACGCAGUGAAUGUCAAGAGACGAAAUGGAUGUUUUCGGCCACUGGACACGGCAAAAAUGCCUGCGACGGCGUUGGUGGGCUUGUGAAACAUCAAGCAUCACACCACAACUUGCGGAACCCUGCAAGUGAGGCCAUACAAACAGCCAGCGGCUUCGUGGACGCAAUUCAACGAACGCUAAAGAAUAUCACCAUUCUGGAGCUCCCACAGAGGGAGCUUGCAGACUUUCGCGAAAUGAAGAAGGAAGAAUGGAAUACGGCAAAGAAAGUGCCUGGAGUUCAGACACUCCACAUGUGGAAGUACGUUCAAUCAAAUGAAGGCAGUGCAUCCUACGUGGCAUCCACCGCUGCUUCGGAAUGGAAGAGACUGUGAUCUGGUUUGUGCUUCGGGCUGGACAAUGUAAUGUG